AAGAGUCUCAGUCUCCUACCAUACCAGUCGUGCCUGACCAUCCCACCCCUUCCACAGCUCAUGGUGAGCCCAUCCUGCAGAGUGGAGACCCAGACCUUUUCUCUCAAGCUGCUGUAACCCUCACUCCAACUGUUAGUUUUAUAAAUGGUAAACAGGAGAUCACAUUGGAGCCACAGAGCCCAGAAGAAAUAGAGGCCAAAGGUACCCAGAUUUUGACGAAUGUGACAACUCUGGGAGCAAGCGAAGAAAUAACCACAGUGUUUGAUUAUAGUUCCAGUCUCCCUGUUGAUAGCUCCACUGAACGCACAGAGGAUCCUACAGAAGUACUUAUCUCUACAGACAUCCCAGAUGUUGAUGAAUAUGACUCUGAUCUAUUGAUAGUUGAAUCAACACCUCCUCAAAUACACCCUGUAGAGGAAGACCUGACCACAAAAGGCCCCACACAGAAAGACUCAACCUCUGCUCAAGCCUCAACAGUGGAGGGCAUGGCUCCAUCAAAAACUACACAGAAAACUGAAGCUGGUUCAGCUGCUACAGAUGCCACAGAGGGGAUGAGUGAUGUCACAGCUACCUCUGCUGACUUUGUUCCUACAGUAACACCAGCUGAGCCACAGCUCACCAAAGCAACUGGAGAAACCCAAACAAUGAAGGCUGAAACCACCACUGUCAUCACCACAUCUGUACAAGUAGAGGUAGACGAGUCAAGGAGGACUCCCACUUAUGUGAAAAAUGAGUCAGAAGUGACUCAGACACAGAAGGCCGAGGACCAAUUCCCUGUUACUCCUUCGGCCGAGCUUCACACAGUGAGAGAUAAAGCUGAAAUCACAGAGGAAACAAAAAGCACAUCUGCCACUCCAGCCGCAGAGGACAGCACUCAGUCUAUGAUACAGACUGUGUCCACUCCCUCCUCUGAUGACGCUGAUGGGAAAAUACCAACAUCAACAACCAGUGACUCACAGAGCUCCACUCAAGAUGUGGAGGGAGGGAAACAGACCCAAACCCCAAAAGAAUUCGCCUUCAGCACAACGGCUCCUUUAGUAUCGAGUAGUUCAGCCCCUCUUGAACAGACAGCCAAGACUGAGAUAACACCAGCCAUAGAUUUAGGCAGCAUUGAAUCAUCAUCAUCUGUUGCGCCUACCUUGGCUGAAACUUCAGAGGGAACAGUCAUAAGUCAGGGAGGGAAUACAGCCAGCCAAAUAACUUCCAUCUCACCUACUGAGAAAGCCACGACUGAUGCAAUGUCUACAUCAGAGGAGGGUUCAGUGAUCCAAACAGUAAACAUGUUUACAAGCUCAAGCCCUACACAUACAACAGAUCAAGCAACAAGGGAGAGAGAAGUAACAUCACAAACAGUACAAACAGCAGGCACAGAUAAAACAUCCAUUCCAGCCACUGAUGAGUCGGAAAAAACCAGUACUGCACACGAGGAGAGGAAACAAGAUGAAACAUUUCCCCCAGCUCUUGAAUCCAUUGCAACCACUGCUUCUCCCUUAUACAGUGCUAUUGAAAUUAUCAAGACAACAAUGGCUUCAUUCACUGAAUUCUUCACUCAGUACUCAACACAAAGUGCAUCAGUAACAAGUGAUUUACCUGACCAAAAAGUGUAUACUAGUGAGGAAACUACCACCAUUGACACAGAUAAUCAGGCUUCAAUAGAUCAAACUUCAUCACCUGAGGCCACCCCUUCUUCUUCUAUAAAACCAGAUGAGUCUAUUUCAGCUGUAGUUUCAAAACUGAAAAUCUCAUAUGUAACUGAGGAAACAGCUCAAUCAAUCUAUCCAAGCUAUGCUGAAGAGAGUGCAGAUGACAAAACCUCUGGUACAACAUCAACUGAAGCUACUGCAGCAGUUACCGUACUUACCACAGAUAAAGCUGUUACAGAAAUAACCUAUGACAUGUUCUCUCAAACCUCUUCCAUCACUACAUCUUUUCUGGACAGCACUAAACAAACAGCACACUAUGGCCCCAACAGCAAUAUCACCUGGAACAACAGAGAGUCUUGA